GGGAGGCUGACUGCCCUCGCUGCCUGCAUGUGAGCUUUUACGCACAAGCACGGGCGCGCGCACACUCAGACAGACGUGCGCUUUUACGCACAGACUCAGAAUGGGAUUUUACGCACACAUGCAUAGAGGGUAGCCUGCGUGACGCACGGAACAAUUACUCCUACAAAUUUAGGGAAAGGUGCACGCGCGUAGAUACCGAUUAAAGAGGACAGCUAAAAAUGACAGUGUGUUGUUGGAAACAUUAAAGGUCUCUGUUUGAAGACGGGAGGACGGAAAGGAAGAAGCAGAAAAGAGGAUUUGUUGACAAAAUCACCAAGUUGGAGAAGCUCCUCCUCUCCGUGAUGUAGCCGCGAGUCGGAACCUCCUUAAUUACUAAUUUCUCCUCAUCCAAGCCACGCUCUCUCGCUCUCCCCCCCCCUCUCUCUUUCUCUCUGUCUGUUUCUGGUAUCUCUCUCCACUCCUCUAUCCAUGCAUCUCUCAUCCUGACCCUCCUUUCUCUCUCCUCUCCGUCUCUCUUUCGUUUCCUGACAGGACAACGGAGGUGGACGAGCUUGGAGUUGUAGUUGUUAUUUUUUUAAUUAUUAUUUAUUCCUCGUUUUUGGGAAACCCGCCACCGGGCAUGGAGGAUGUUAAAGACCCACCGACCGUCCACCGGUCAUCCUCCUUCAGCAUCAAGAGCCUCCUGCUGCCUUCUAAGUGCGACAGACCGGACUCAGUCGUUGCUGCCGCCGCCGCUGCGGUCGCCGGCAUCCCCGGGAUGCUCUCUCCUUCGCCGGGCUCCGACUCUGACAAGUCACUGGAUAUUCCGGAGGUGGACUCCACAGCGGUGUCUCUGGACCCGGUGAAACCCGGCAAGGAGGAGCAGGGGGAAGAGGAGGAGGAGGGUGGAGGGGGAGGCGGAGGAGGGGAUGGCACCAAGGCAACAUCAGAGCAGAAUACUAACGGUAAUAAUGGUAAAAACGGGAAGUAUGACAAGCCUCCGUUCAGCUACAACGCUCUUAUCAUGAUGGCAAUUCGGCAGAGCCCCGAAAAGCGGCUCACGCUAAACGGCAUCUAUGAGUUCAUCAUGAAAAACUUCCCGUACUACCGAGAGCACAAGCAGGGCUGGCAGAACUCCAUCCGACACAACCUGAGUCUCAAUAAGUGUUUCGUCAAGGUCCCUCGGCACUAUGACGACCCGGGGAAGGGGAACUACUGGAUGCUUGACCCGAGCAGUGAUGACGUUUUCAUUGGGGGGACUACCGGGAAACUCCGGCGGCGCUCAGCCACCUCCAGGGGCAAGCUGGCGAUGAAGCGCGGACUGCGCUUCGCUCCUCUCGGUUUGGGGAUUAACGAGCGGGCAAACAACCCGCUCUACUGGCAGAUUUCUCCUUUUCUCUCUCUUCACCACCACCACCAUCACCCACACUACAACGGCUCCUCUCCCGGGUUUUUGAACCAGGCUGCGGGCUACGGGUCACUUCUGCCCGCCGUGGAGCAGCUGAGUAACGGGGACCUGGGGCGCUCCAUCCUCGGCGGAUCUGCCGCCGGGGCGCUGGGCUUGUCGAACAGUUACGGUAUGAACACGUCGCCAGUCGGGCUUCUCUCCGGACAGACUGCCGGGUAUUUUGUCUCAGGAAGCCAACACGCUGCUGUAGCGAAUCAGGGGCCACCGGGAGGGGGACCUCCGUCGCACCUUCAGCACAGCGCGUCGGGGUUCGGCGGCUUGGCGCCCAGCAGCUCUCCGCAAUCCUUGCUAACAGACUCCCUUAGAAACAGCUCCUUACCGGCCUUCUCCCCGGGUGUGUCCGCGGGGUUUCCCGGGAUGCUGUCCCAUCAAAAGAGGGUAUACCCCCAAACGCUUUCCUAAACUGAACUCCCCCCUCCCUCUCCCGAAUACACCAUCACCUCUCCAUGGAUGGCACCGGGACGAGGACGCACAAAAGACGUCAUGCUAAGGGCGAAUAAUAAGUGGUAAAUAUCAAACAUGGAUUGCAAAAAAAUAUAUAUGAAGUGAAACUUUUGGCCAUAUUCUUCCCCGAAGAGCAACGGGUGUAUUGUUUUGUUUUUGUUUUUUCGCAUUUUACUGAAAAAGGGACAAACUUUGUUACCCGCGGGUUGUACAACUGUAACUAGACUUGCCAAAGGUAACACUUAACUAUAUUUCAUGCUAUUUAUAUCUUGUACAAAGAUUUUCAGUUCAUUCUUUGAGUCUUUUAUUUAUGUUUUGUAUUUAUUGUACAAUGUAUUUAAAUUCUAUUUGUCAGUGUAUACUCAUCAGUAUUGACGAUAAUGGGGAGGGGGUGAAAUAAGUCAUACAGGGUUAAUAAUUAUUUAUGAAUUUAAAGACAAUCAAUGAGAAAAAAAGACAAUCAAAGCUUUUUUUUUGGUAGGAAAAAGUUAAUAAUGAAUUAAUGAAGCCUUAAAUCAGCAUAUACAAUCAGGGGGGUUUGAGAGGAAAAAUAAGCCUACAAAUCAUAUCUCUACUCAGGUUUGACCCCGGGCAGGCCUAAUGAUGAUGAUGAUGAUGAUGAUGCUAUCAGAACUUCUCUCUGUGAAGAGUUUCCUUUCAAAAUAUCCUUAAAUUAAGCUUAAAUUCAAACAUGGCGGACCUGUAGUUAAGCUACAAGGCUAAUAAAUACACGGAUAUAAAGUAUUUGGAAUUGAACUCUUCAUGUGAAGAAUUAUGCAAAAACGACGAGCUGUAAAAUGACAUUUUGUGUGUUUUUUGUUCUUCAUAGAGCCCCAAUUGUCUUCUUUUUUUUUUAACACAGUGGUAUUUUGUCUGUAACGGCCUACGUGUGCACGUUUGUGUGUGAGUGUGUGUAUGUGUGAUUACAGGCCUGUAUGAACGUAAAACCUCCUGCGCAUGUGCGCAAAGGCCAAACAAACACGCCUGAUAAUCUUAGGAAAAAAGAAAUUGAACAAACUUUAGCCGCCUCAAUCCCGGUUCUAUGGCCCGCUGAGCCGCUCUGGUGUUUAAAGUUAGUCAGUGAGCGCUGGAGCGCAGAGGGUAGAGGCCUCUGCACAUGGAGCAGUUUUUUUGAAUGUUUUUUUUUCUUCUGUUGAAUGGGAAAAAUCCCGAGUUGCUCGUAGUAGACCAACAGGCCCUGCAUUACACAUAAACACAUAAAAACAUACGACACAAACAUAGAGAAACAUGCAAACGCAAAUACACAAACAAAACUGCCGCGGAUUUCAGUGGAAAAUCGUGCGUCUCUUACAUGGAACUAUGGUUUGGAAAUAUAUAUAUUUUUAAGUUAAAUUGAGGCUGUAGGGUAUUGAGACUGAAAAUAGAGGGUUGACACAAAACAAGUAAACUUCACGUCACCGCAUCUCACGGCCAUCUUUUUCAAAUUACCCAAUUGUCAAGUAGACCAUUUUUUUUAAACAAUUGUAUGACUGCUUGUUUAUUAGAUAGAAGUAUUUAGGAUUCAGAGGAGCUGGACUAUUAACCCGUUUUCUAGAAAGAUGACAAAAAUAAAGGCUAAAUAAUAGGCUAUAAUAAUGAGCACACCUGGGGAUCCAAGGUUUACAGCUAACUGCAAUUAUGUGCAAUUAAUGACUUUAUUUAUUUUUAUUUAUUGGCAAUUUAAAGCUUCGCAAGAGGAUUCAAGGGCAUCUUAAACAUAUAUCAGCUGAUCUCAGCAGGUGACGAUGUGCCGCCAUUUUAAACCUGAUACCGAUAUCAAUGUUUGAUGGCCAUAAGACCGACACCGCGGUUAAGGUGAUAAAAACAACUAGGAAGUGUUUAUUUCAAGAAAAUCACAGGUAAAAUAGUGUUAAAUAAUUUUGUUCAUGUUUUAGGAAAAUAUUCUUUAAAAAGUCGUUUCUGCAACAUUCCUCAUGCAGAUUGUUUUCUUAUUUGAAACCCAGAAUUUUACAACCAGACUUUUUACUUAAAUUAGAAAAAUGUAUAGACAUUGAAUUUCUUUUUUUUAAACACCUAGAUGUCUUUUCACCACGAUCAAGUUUUUUUUAUGGUAAUUCGACCUGAAUAAGAAAAUCAUUAAUUAAUAAUAUUUUGUACAGUUCAUGGUGCCCAGAUUUUUCUUCACUCGUUUAAAAUUAAAAAUGUGAUUAAGAAAUAACUUUUUUGAAUUCUCCUCAAAUUAACAUCAUCGUGACAAGAAGAGCAAAAAACAUCAAAUAAAAUGCACAAAAUGCUGAGUUGUACUCCCCUUGUGACUGUAUGAGCAUUUUGAGUCAUCUUUUGAGAAGCAUUUUAUUUUAUGUUGGACUGUCAAAGUAUUGAUCGCUGCAGGUAUUGAUUUGUCCAUCCUCCUCAGAUCUCAGGUCUGUGCUGUCAGUGCUCUGCAACACAAUCCGGAUCACACAAAUGUUGUCUUUGCAAAAAUAAACCAAAAAAAGCUCCCGAUGAGAACAAGAAGCUGUAGAUAUGGUGACAAAUUUUUUAAUACAGCAAUUUUUUAGAAUAUGGAUAACAGUUUAAAUGGAAUAAAAGCGUUCAAAAAAUACAUUUGGAUCCACGGUGAAGGCUACAGUCAAGUUUGAAUUAGCAUUGAAUUGUUUACUAUUUAAAAAACACCAGAUAAUGGAUGAUUAAUAAAACAAAUCAUCUUAACACUGUAAAAUAUCUGCUCAUUGGAUUUAAUUUAAAUUUAUUCAAGUAAAGGAUUUUGAAAAUGAAAAGCCUACUUCCUGUAUUUUUUCAGCAAAACGGAGGCUCCUGAUUGGUCGUUUCCUCCCACUGUUUUUAAUAGGUUAUGUUUUUACAGUGUAGGACUAACAAAAAACUUAUAUAACCUCUGACCUAAAUAAAAUCCUCCUGUAGCCCAAAAUGAGGCUGACCUUGUCAACACACCCACCCACACACACACACACACACACACACACACACACACACAUACACACACACACACACACACACACACACACACACACACACAGAGAGAGAGCUAAAACACAUGAUGACACUAGGUCAACCAGUAAAGAAAGAAGCACAUUAUUAUCAACAUGAAGCACAAACAGUCCAGCGGGUCUGACUGAGGCGCAUUUAAUUGAAAUCAUUUAAAUGUUCGGAUUCUAAAAUUACCCAAACAGCACCAACAAGAAGCAGACUGAUCCAGGCUCAGUGUUUUUUAAAUCUGUCACUUUUUUUCCAUUUGGAUUUUUGUAAAAAAAAAAAAAAAGAAAAGUAAAAAUGUUCGGAGGGGUAACUUUGUUUAAAUUUUGUUGGCACUAGUGUGCAUUCACUUGUAUGAAGUCUGUACUGUCUGUUUUGUUACUGUCCGUCUGUUUUAUUUUCAGAGAAACUAAAGUCGAUUAAAAGGAUGAAAUAACCCAAA